AAACCAAAAAUCAAAACCAAAGGGUGGUAGUAGUAGUAUUGUAGUGGUGCCGGCCAGCCGACAAUUACGGGAGCCAAUGUGGGUCCCUUCACUUUUAUAAACUCAAAUCACUUCUCACUUCACUUCGCAAACCCUUUCUUUUCUCUCUUCUUGUGUUGUUUUUCUUUGUUUUCAUGGCUUCUUCUUCAACUUCUUCAGCGAAUCGUGAAGGACACUACAGAGGUGUUAGGAAGCGACCAUGGGGACGCUACGCCGCUGAGAUUCGCGAUCCGUGGAAGAAAACGCGUGUUUGGCUGGGUACAUUUGACACUCCUGAAGAAGCUGCUCUUGCUUACGACGGCGCCGCUCGUUCUCUUCGUGGAGCUAAAGCAAAAACCAACUUCCCACCGGCGCCGGUCGCCGGAGGACUUUGUUUGGAUCUCAACGCUCCUUCUUCUGAUCUCCGAUGGCCAUCUGUCCCUUCACGUGGCCGUGUGCUUACUGAGUUUCUUCAAACUGGUGUUCUCAAGGAUUUCAACCCUCCUCCACCUCCACCCAUCGGCGGGGUGGUUGGACAGAGGCAUAAUGAAGUUACUCUUGCUGUCGCCGGCAGAACUAUGGUGGCUGAGAACUCUCCGACGGCGGCUUACUUGGGACUUGUUCGACGUGGGAUUCCGAUUGACUUGAAUGAACCUCCACCGUUGUGGCUUUGAAAAACCCUAGACAAAUAAGUAGCGUAAAAUGAGAUGAUUUAUUGUAGUUUUUUAACGGCGUCGUUUUAGGAUCUUAUCUAAUUAAUCUUGUCUUUUUCUCCCUUAUUAGCGGCAUAGUUAUCAUGAGGGAGUAUCUACCUAUCUUAUCUUUGUAAUGUAUCUAUGGCAAUCUAACAUUUAAAAAAAAAAAAAUGAAGUACUUUAUGAUAUUUUAUUUA